ACAAUAUUUUUAUUCGUUCAAGAUGGUUUCGCUUACAGGGGCAUUGGGAAUGCCUCCGUUUCGAGAGCGAUUGGGGACGGGAUGCACAAAGGAUAGCAAGGACUCUGGAAUCGAGUUGUUACCUAAAGCAAAAAAGCAACGAAAUCGAAAUCGACAUCGAGCUCGCAUGCAAACAAGUGCCCGCAAGAAACCAAUCAGUUCGAUAAAGGAACAUCUUGUUGACAGUCGACGAGAAGACGCCAAACAAAAUGCUGAAAAUUUGGUUGUUUCCGGCCUCUGGCUGAUCGUACUCUAUUUUACAAACCUCACCUUUGGACUGCCACUUCAGAUUCUGUGGCCAGCGAGAAUAAAUCACGCUGCCGUGGCUCUCAGCUAUAUGCUAAUUGGAGUAUGGGUACUAUGUGCCCUGUUUUUCUUCAUCUUCCGAAAACGCAGCAGUACUAUGAAAUGGUACAAAACCAACCCAAAAACGUAUUACUUCGCGUGGAUUGUUCAACUGAUGGGAUUCGCGUUAUUCUGCAUUUCUACAUAUCCCCAAAUCCACCGUUGGAGUUACUUGGUCUCCAUCUUCUACUUCAGCUUUUUUGCUACCAUCAGCAAUACUUUCCUGUAAACCAUUUGACAUGACAAAACGGUCCAAUCUCUUCUCAAUUCACUUUGCCCUCACACUCUCACCUCACCAAAAUUCAUUUUCCUGUGACUUAUUACUAAUUGUUGCCUUAAAUCCGGUUAGCUACCGAGUUCCCAAAAAACCCAAAUGCUUUUUUGUUGUUUAUGUAAAAUUUCAGGUUUCCCACUUGUUUCACUCAGAUUCUUCGUAAGACUGUGUGGAUAACACAUACGUGCCUGACUCACACAAUUGACCACGUGUUCUUUUGAACUAGAUACUCUUCUUUCAAAAAAGCUUUCUCUUAACGCCCCCUCUCACUCUGAAUCAUCUUAGAAUUUUGAUCUCUUUCCCAAAAACCUCCCCGCCCACACAAUUCCUCAAUUCCGUUGGUAAACCUAUUUUGCCUGUCAUUUUCUUUUUGUUAAUGCUUAUUGUUUUAUAUUUCAUAGUAUGUAUGUAGCAAUAAAACAUGACUUCUC